UCAGAGCACGUGAAGCACUCAAAGAAGCGAGGUUCCGCCUCCGGCCUGAGCAGCUAAGUCCCGCCCCUCGGGUCGUGUCAACGGCCAGGUCUCGCUCCUCCUAACACUCAAACUACCAACUCUUCCUCCCCAAAAGACGAAGACAAUCAAGAUUGGCUCCUAAAGACGCCUCAAAGGCCAAGCUCCUCUCCCACAGUACGUGUCAUUGGGCCCAGCCCCUCCAAGCGCGCCAACGAACAGGCCCCGCCCCCACGAGAACACUAACCGCCAGGCCCACCCCUCGAGGCGCGCACGUCCCAGGCUCCGCCCAAUAGAGGGAGCUCCAACUGCCAGGCCCCGCCCCCCCGGAUAAUGCUAACGGCCAGGCCCCGCCCUCGAGGAGCUCAAGCGGCCAACCUCCGCCCGGCAGAGCGCUCCAACCGCCAGGUCCCUUCCCAUAGGACGUGGUAACGGUUAGGUCCCGCCUUCUGAGGCGCGCUUAGGACUAGGCCACUCACAGAAGAGCCCAGUCCCGCCCCUCGAGGCGCGCCAACGGUCCUCCCCUGCCCCCUCGUGCGCCGAGACGUGAGGACGCCGGCGUCGUAGGCUGAGGUGGCAGCUGUCCCGCAAUCAUGGAGCUGCCGCAGAUGCCGGAGCUGAUGGGGCUGUCCCUCCUGGUGGGUCUGCUGGCCCUGGUGGCCACGGCGGCUGUGGCGCGGGGCUGGCUGCGGGCCGAGGAGAAGCCCAGCCAGCCCGUCUGUCAGAAAGAAAAUGAACCCAAGAAGUCAGGAUCCAAGAAGCAGAAACAGAAUCAGCGGGUUCGUAAAGAGAAGCCUCAGCAGCACAACUUCACGCACCCUCUUCUGGCCGCAACUCUGAAGAGCCACAGUGGGAAUAUAUCCUGCAUGGACUUCAGCAGCAACGGCAAGUACCUGGCCACUUGUGCAGAUGACCGCACAGUCCGUAUCUGGAGCACCAAAGAUUUCCUCCAGCGAGAACACCGCAGCCUGAGAGCCAAUGUGGAGCUGGACCAUGCCACCUUGGUGCGCUUCAGCCCUGACUGCAGAGCCUUCAUCGUUUGGCUGGCCAAUGGAGACACUCUCCGUGUUUUUAAGAUGACCAAACGAGAAGAUGGGGGCUUUACUUUCACGGCCACGCCAGAGGAUUUCCCUAAAAAACACAAGGCACCCAUUAUCAACAUUGGUAUUGCUGACACAGGGAAGUUCAUCAUGACGGCCUCCAGUGACAUGACUGUCCUCAUAUGGAAUCUGAAAGGUCAGGUGCUGUCCACAAUCAACACCAACCAGAUGAACAACAGUCAUGCUGUUAUCUCCCCAUGUAGCAGGUUUGUGGGUUCGUGUGGCGUCACCCCAGAUGUGAAGGUCUGGGAGGUCUGCUUCGGGAAGAAAGGAGAAUUCCAGGAGGUACAGCGAGCCUUUGAACUGAACGGUCACUCUGCAUCUGUCCACUCUUUUGCUUUCUCCAAUGAUUCUCGGAGGAUGGCCUCUGUCUCCAAGGAUGGCACAUGGAAGCUAUGGGACACAGAUGUGGAAUACAAGAAGCAGCAGGACCCCUACUUGCUAUGGACAGGCCGCUUUGAAGAGGCGAGCACCAUGCCUUGCCGCCUGGCACUCUCCCCUGACACCCAUGUCCUGGCCUUGGCCACUGGCACCAAUAUUCAUCUCUUCAACACUCGACUUGGGGAGAAGGAGGAGUACUUCGAGUGUGUCCACGGGGAGUGCAUUACUGACUUAACUUUUGACAUCACUGGCCGCUUUCUGGCCUCCUGUGGGGACCGUGCAGUGCGGCUCUUCCACAACACCCCUGGCUACCGGGCUGUGGUGGAGGAGAUGCAGGGCCUCCUAAAGCGGGCAUCCAGUGAAAGUACCCGCCAGAGGGUGCAGCAACAGCUGACCCGGGCCCAAGAGGCUCUAAAGAGCCUGGGUGCCCUAAAGAAGUGACUCUGGCUCUAGAUGGGUCUGGCUGCCUGCCCCAGCGGCUGGUUCUUCCCAAGUACCCCUGGGAUGGAGACCUGGAGGAGCCUCCCAAUUUUCUUCCUGGUGCCCCCUACUUUUUCCUAUUGAAACUAUUCUUACAUACUCAGAUCUAUCUCUCUCUGUCUCUCUCUACUUGUUUGACUCUUCCCAGACUGAAAGGUGCUGUUUUUCAACAGGCACUAGGGGUAGAAUCUGUCUUCACCUAGCACUGAGGAGUAGAGAGAAGACAGAGCAAAACCUUUGAUGGUUUGGCAAAAGACCCUGACAUCCAAAGAAGUUUGUCAGUGUAGAGGUGAAACCCUAGGUCACCAGGGACAAGCUGCUGUUAUAAGAGUUCAGAAUGUGUUUUAUAAUGCUUCAUGGUGAGCCUCCCAUCUGGACCAGGGUCCUGAUAGCAGCAAGAAGUAAUUAAGGACUGGUCUUUGUUGGCAUGGUCUGUAAUCGCAGCACUCCACAGGUAAAGGUGAGAGGAUCAGGGAUUCAAGGCCAGCUUGGACUACAUAGUGAAUUCUAGGUCCUCCUGGGCUCCAUCCAUAUGGAGAGAAACCUUGAGGAGAUUGUUUUUUCCUAGGCUUCAGUUUUCUUAUUUGUAAAAUGACCUUCCUGCAAAGAUGUUGUGAGACUAAAAGUGUAACAAUGUUCCCACGCAUGGAGCAUAACAGUGCAGGCUAGUUUCGAUAACUACGAGGUAAACAUGGGAAACAGACCAUGUUCUGCAAGCAAACUAGAAAGAACCACAGCCCUUGUGAAGCCAAAUUUCCUAGGGCUCUGCUUGUUCAUUCAUCUUGGAUAAAUAUGGUGGUUUGGUUCACGUGCCUUGAGAAGUUAUGCCAUCUGAAGAGGGUGCUCCUCUCUCUUGGAGACUUCUUGAAUCAUCACUUCAGGACCUGCUUCAUGGGACUAGCAACUGAUGCUGGCUAACACAGACAGACAAGACUAGGCCUGCUGCCAAGGGUAAAGCUGGUGGGAAGACCUAGAGGCUGGCGUCUGUGACGUGCUUUUUGUUCAUUUACAGCUGCAGGGGAGGUUGUGGACAUGAGGCCUGACCGUAGUGAAUCCAGGACAAUGAUGGGGAAUGAAUGGAAUGCACCCACUAAGAGACUGGGUCUCAUGUACAUUUGAAGACUGCUUGGAUCCAAGGGGUGAGGAAGAUGUCAGGAAUCUAGGAAGGCUUGAAUCUAGCAAAAAGUACCCAUCCGGGUUAGCUUUGAUCUCUCACUUAAAAGUAGGGCCUCUUCCUGCCGUCCUCAAGACUACAGGAUGUUUAGAACAAGGCACAACCCUGAAGUUGACCUUGAUGGCUCCCUUGUCACUCUUUCCACCACCGCUGCUCCAUCCAGAUGGCAUGCAGCAUCUACUGUCUCUCCCAGUCUUCUGUUACCAUUCCUGUCUGAGCCACUGUCCGUAGUCUAUGGAUAGUACUUCUGUUUCCAACCACUUUACUUCAAGUCACUUCUACAUAGUUUAGCCAACUUUGGGGAAACAAAAAUGGUGUUUUGGGUCAUGCCAUUCCCAAAAGGCUUCCUUCCCUCUACUUUUGGAAUGAAACCCCAAACUCUCCUUGUGGCCUGCAUAGUGUUGUGAAAUGUAGCCACUCUUGUGAUCUUUUUUUGCAGUGGUCCAACCCACCCCCUUCUUCCUGUUUACUAACCCAGGCAGUUAACAGGCUCCAGGUGUGGGCUGGUCCCUCUUGUGUGCUGCAAGCAUUUUUCCUUUCUGUUGGCAGACUUGUCAAUGCGAUUCAGUCCUUGUCACUUUCACUAGAAAACAGUUACCGCCUCACCCACUCCCUCCGAAGUAGCCCUUUCCACCAAUCCUGUUCUGCCUGGUGCCCUGCUGCUGUCCUUCUUUUGUAUGACUUGGUGCUUUCUGAAACCAUCUUGUCUGGCUAUGUGUUUACUGCAGUGUCAGAGAAGGGCAGUGAGUAGGGUUAAGAGUGGGGAUUAGGCCCAUCACCUAGUUGUGAGAUGGGAGGAAAAUGGUAGAGGCUGCACUAGGCUGGUGGCCGUGUGUCCUGGAUACACAUUGGGUAGAAGGUGCUACUGAUUGUUAGAAUCCCGCAAAAGUUGCCAGUUUCAAAGAAGUUAGAUGUUGGCACGGUACUUUGCAAGGAGGCACCCUGGUGGACUGCACCAAACCUUGACGGAGGAGGACGCAGCUCGUCAGUCUCAUUGGCUGUUAAGGCUUCUUCCUUGCUUUUCUUCCUUUUGCAGUCCUAGGAAUGGAACCCAGGGCCUCGUGCAGGUAGACAAAUAGCUCUGCUGCUGAGUCAUGCCUCAACCCCUCACUGGGAGAUGCUAGCCAAAGGCUCUCUGCUCAGCUACAGCCCUCACUGGACAAAUGUUCUUCCACUGAGCCUCUAGCACCAGUUUGUGAAAUUGCUGAAGAAUGUGUUGGAGCAGAAUCCUUGUUGGUCUGCCUUGCUCUGGAUCCCAAGUCAACUAGCCAGGACAAAGUAAGCUCUCAAUAAAUGGAAGUCUAGAAUCAAUGACAAAACUUUUGAUAUAUAUAUUUUUUCUGCACUCUGCUCUCUAUUGUGGAUUCAGGUUUCUGAUGAGAUCAGCUAUCUUGAGGGCCAUGUGGCCACAGAUGGAUUUGGGCUUCUGAACACACAGCUCUUGCCUCAGGCUUGUGGGGAGGGGGGGUCUGGUGGGCAUCUGCUCUGGUUAUUGAAAGCAUCUGAAAAUGCUUUCACUCGAUUCUGCACUUGUGUUUUGAGAAGUAACUGGCGUUGUAGCUGCACAGGGAAGUUAGUGAACCCUAGUAAGAAUGCUGAGCUGCGGGGCUGGUGAAAUGGCUCAGCAGUUAAGAGCACUGACUGCUCUUCUGAAGGAUCUGAGUUCAAAUCCCAGCAACCACAUGGUGGCUCACAACCAUCUGUACAACUACAGUGUACUCAUACAUAAAAUAAAUAAAUAAAUCUUUAAAAAAAAAAAAUAAGAAUGCUGAGCUGCUCAAGUCAGAAAUCCAUUCCCAGACUGGCCAGGGCCCGUGGCCUGGAGUGGUGAAGUCACAGAGGCUGUUAGACUUUGUCUCUCCAUCUGUAAAAUGGGAAUAAAUGUUCUGUUACCUUAC